CCCGCGGAGCCUCCCGCCCGCCCGGGCUGGGGUCGCGCCGGCUCGGACUCCCCUCCCGCCCGCCGCGGCCAUGGAGGACGAGCGAAAGGACGGAGCCUACGGAACGCCACAAAAGUAUGACCCCACCUUCAAAGGACCCAUUUACAACAGGGGCUGCACAGAUGUCAUUUGCUGUGUCUUCCUCCUCCUGGCCAUCGUGGGCUACGUGGCUGUAGGCAUGAUAGCUUGGACCCAUGGGGACCCUCGAAAGGUGAUCUACCCCACGGACAGCCGAGGCGAGUUCUGCGGGCAGAAGGGCACGAAAAAUGCGAACAAACCCUACCUGUUUUAUUUCAACAUUGUGAAGUGUGCCAGUCCCCUGGUCCUGCUGGAAUUCCAGUGUCCCACCCCGCAGAUCUGCGUGGAGAAAUGCCCCGACAGGUUCCUCACCCUCCUGAGGGCCCACAAAUCCCCAGACCUCGAGUACUACAAGCAGUUCUGUGUGCCCGGCGUCCAGAACACCAAGGGUGUGACUGAGAUGCUUCGGGAUGGCGACUGUCCCGCUGUCAUCGUUCCCAGCACACCCCUGGCCCGGCGAUGCUUCCCAGCCAUCCGCACCCACAAGGGGGUCCUCAUGGUGGGCAACGAGACGACAUAUGAGAACGGGCAAGGCUCUUGGAAGAACAUCACGGAGCUGGUAGAGGGCGCUAAGAAGGCCAACGUGGUGCUGGAGGCGAGACAGCUGGCCAUGCGGAUCUUUGAAGAUUACACAGUCUCCUGGUACUGGAUUGUCAUAGGCCUGGUCAUCGCCAUGGUGUUGAGCCUCCUCUUCAUCAUCCUGCUCCGCUUCCUGGCUGGCAUUAUGGUCUGGGUGAUGAUCGUCAUGGUGAUUCUUGUGCUGGGCUACGGAAUAUUUCACUGCUACAUGGAGUACGCCCGACUGCGUGGUGAGGCUGGCUCCGACAUCUCCCUGGUGGACCUGGGCUUCCAGACAGACCUCCGUGUGUACCUGCACCUGCGGCAGACCUGGAUGGCCUUCAUGAUAAUUCUGAGCAUCCUGGAGGUGAUUAUCAUCUUGCUGCUCAUCUUCCUACGGAAGAGAAUCCUCAUUGCCAUUGCACUCAUCAAAGAAGCCAGCAGGGCCGUGGGAUACGUCAUGUGCUCCAUGCUGUACCCGCUGGUCACCUUCUUCCUGCUCUGCCUCUGCAUCGCCUACUGGGCCAGCACUGCUGUCUUCCUGUCCACGUCCAACGAAGCCGUCUAUAAGAUCCUCACUGCUGAGAGUGCCUGCCCCCUUGCUGGGAAAACAUGCAACCCUGAGACCUUCCCCUCCUCCAACGAAUCCCGUCUGUGCCCGGACGCCCACUGCCAGUUCGCCUUCUACGGCGGCGAGUCGGGCUACCACCGCGCCCUGCUGGGCCUGCAGAUCUUCAACCUCUUCAUGUUCUUCUGGCUGGCCAACUUCGUGCUGGCCCUGGGCCAGGUCACGCUGGCCGGGGCCUUCGCCUCCUACUACUGGGCCUUCAGCAAGCCGGACGACCUGCCUGCCUUCCCGCUCUUCUCCUCCUUCGGCCGGGCGCUCAGGUACCACACGGGCUCCCUGGCCUUUGGCUCCCUCAUUCUGGCCAUCGUGCAGAUCAUCCGAGUGAUCCUGGAGUAUUUGGAUCAGCGCCUGAAAGCUGCAAAGAACAAGUUUGCCAAGUUCCUUAUGACCUGUCUCAAAUGCUGCUUCUGGUGUCUGGAGAAGUUCAUCAGAUUCCUCAACCGGAAUGCCUACAUCAUGAUUGCCGUCUACGGCACCAACUUCUGCACCUCGGCCAGGAACGCCUUCUUCCUGCUCAUGAGAAACAUCAUCAGAGUUGCCGUCCUGGACAAAGUCACUGACUUCCUCUUCCUGUUGGGCAAGCUUCUUAUCGUGGGGAGUGUGGGCAUCUUGGCUUUCUUCUUCUUCACCCACCGUAUCAGGAUCGUGCAGGACACAGCACCUCCCCUGAAUUAUUACUGGGUUCCUAUACUGACGGUCAUCGUUGGCUCCUACCUGAUUGCUCACGGCUUCUUCAGCGUCUACGGCAUGUGUGUGGACACGUUGUUCCUCUGCUUCUGUGAGGACCUGGAAAGGAAUGACGGCUCUCAGGAGCGACCCUACUUCAUGUCGCCCGAGCUGAGAGACAUCCUGUUGAAGGGGAGUGCGGAGGAGGGGAAGCGGGUAGAAGCCGAGGAGUAGAGAAGGAGGGAGGCUGGCCGGGGGCCCAGACAGGCCUCCUCGUCUCCUCCCUGUAGACGGGGGGUGCAUGGGGGCCUCCUUGCCCGGGAGUGGGGAGCGUGCGUGUCCCAUUCCCGAGCCCACUUCAGUCUGCCUCCCUCCGAUCUCGGUGUGUCUAGCUUCCUAACCCUCUGAGGCUUCUCUGUGGCCCGUCCGCACGCCCUGUCCCCGGAGCCCCUGCUGUGGGCUCCCCUCAUGCCGCCUGCUCUGGGGCCUCUCUCUGCAGUGGAGGACCUGGAGAGGAAUGACGGCUCGGCUGAGAGGCCCUACUUCAUGUCUUCCAACCUCAAGAAGGUCUUGAACAAGAC